ACGCUUCCCGUGGCUCCGCCUCAGGGUGACAAAGGUUUAAUUGACUUAUCUCGGCAGGUGGAGGCUGAUUCCCUGCGCUGCCAUCAGACAAGACGUUCCCGCUGGUCCCGCACGGAUCUGCUGCUCUCACACAGGGCUGAGCUAAGGGCCCACACCAGGAGCGUUCUUCGGGAAGAGUCUACCGUCCGGCAGAGAAGGUCAUAAGCAUCGUAGUGGUAACCCAGCAGCAGCAUCAGCAGCAGCAAUGGGCAACUCCAAAAGCAGCGCCGUGUCCAAGGAGAUCCUGGAGGACCUGAAACUCAACACCAAGUUCUCCGAGACCGAGAUCGCCCAGUGGUAUGAGAACUUCAAGAGGCAGUGUCCCACCGGACGCAUCAGCAAGGAGGAGUUCCAGACCAUCUACUCCAAGUUCUUCCCGGAGAGCGACGCAAACACGUACGCGCAGCACGUCUUCCGCUCCUUCGACACCAACGACGACGGCACGCUGGACUUCAAGGAGUACAUCAUCGCCCUGCACAUGACCUCCACCGGGAAGACCACCAGGAAGCUGGAGUGGGCCUUCUCGCUCUUCGAUGUGGACAAGAACGGAUACAUCACCAAGUCCGAGGUCAAGGAAAUUUGCACGGCGAUCUUUAAGCUGAUUCCCAAGGAUGAAUUGUCCAAACUGCCGUCUGACGAAAACACUGCAGAGAAGAGGGCGGAUAAAUUGUGGAAGUUCUUCGAGAAAGGAGAUAACGACCGCGUGGCGGAGGGCGAGUUCAUCAAGGGGGUGUUGGAGAAUGAGGAGGCCCUUCGCUUAAUCCAGUACCAGCCCCCGCAGUAGCCCCCCCCUCCUUCCAACUUUGUCUGACCUCUGACGGCACCUUCCAACUGGCGAAGCAUCCACUCGCGUUCACGUGAGACGUCUGGCAGCAGCUCGGCAGAGAGUGCACAUGUGCACUAGUUCCACUUCCUCUUUUGUGUCAUGACAAUGAGUUUGUCUCUAGCAAGGUUGCGUGACCAACAAGUGUGUAGUCGUGUCUCCUCAGCCAAACCUUAUUUGCUACCUUUGUGUCGCUAAAAGUGUUUUGUCAUUUUGCACAACACGCACCACCCAGACCCGCACCCCAUCAAUUCCAUGGAAAUAUUGUCAAUAAAGGCUGUCAUAAACCA